GUCUUCCGGAAAAACGAGGCUGACUUCGCCAUCGAUGAUCAGUUCUACGUCGGCUCGUCGGCUCUACUCAUCAAGCCUGUCAUGGAGAAGGGCGUCAAUAAGGCGUCUGUCUACCUCGACGAGGGUGACCAGGUCGACCACAACUACUUCAUGCACGAAGCUUACCCCGGCUCCGCCUGCGGAAAACACGCCACCCUUUCCGCCGCGCUGCACGAAAUCCCGGUGCUCAUCCGGGGCGACUCGAUCGUGCCCAUGCGCGAGCGCUUCCGGCGCUUGUCGCUGCUCAUGAAAGCCGACCCGUUUACGCUCUGCAUUGCG